CCACACUGAAUGAGACUCAUUUCACUGUAUUACAAAGACAUUCAACACACACACCUCUAUGUCUCCAGACUUCAGUCUCAGACAUGACCUGGCUUUCUUUGACGGUUCCCGGUAGCAACAGCGCGGGCUAAACAUUACCAUUAUGGCCCUGUGUUUUGAUCGUUCUGGGAAAAAUGGCGGUAGGUGAAAGAUUCUGGCCAAGAAAUACAGCCAGAAGCAGGCGCCGCCAGCUAUUACACACCCAAAUAUUACUUCGUCCUAUCUGCUAACUAUUUACUGUCUGGUUGUUAGUUUUCUACCAAAUUGGGUGCUUAGUGCUUCGGCUCCAGGUGUAGCUACCCUGGUCUCGGCUCUAACUGGAACCGCUACUGAGGCAGUCAGCUGCUGAACUCAACCUCUCAGCUGUGCGCUCGUCGACUCACAAGUAUACUGUCGUUGCUGCCCGGCUUGCUGGGCUGCCUCCUUUGGACGCCUUGUACGUGCGAUAUAUACUGUCAUCUACCUACCUAUGUAUAUCGAACUCGGUGCCGUCCCUAACGUCCGCCGUUGUCGCUGCCAUUUCGUUUGGGAUCGCGAUCAGAUUACAGCCACUUCCAAUAGUCGUCGUCAGCUGCUAGCGACGCGACUAGCUGACUCGCCGUCCUAUUCAAGGACCGCGCGUGGACUCAUCUGUUCAUGGCCCUUCCCCCUAGAAUGUUCGCUGGUGACGAACGGAGUUCUUCGUCGAGCUGUCACAGCGGAGAAUUUAAGCGAAGCCAUUCACAGCUUGAAGAGAACGCGAGCAUCCCGGAGUCGAAUGAAAACGUUGUGGCGAUCGGGGAUGAAGUGCUUGGAGCGCUGCUAAAUUCAGUGCUGCGUGAGAAACGCCAGUCAUUAUUGAGAAGUCCACAGGUCGCUGCUUUAUUGGCCAGUCGGGAACAAAGUCUUCUACAAUUACAUGAAAAUCAACAGCAGCGGCAGCAGCAGCAUGACCGCCAUUCGCAUCAACAAGCCGAUCUGCAUCCGCCCGAGCAGCAGUCGCCCGCCCCCCCACAAACUCCAGUUUCGCAGAUUGAUUCAUUUGGCCAAAGCCCUUCGCAUCAGAAUAACCCACGUGCCGUGCCCAUAACUGCCACAGAUCGUCAACAGCAAAUUCAGCAACUACAGCAGCAGCAACAACAACGACAACAACAGCUUAAUCUGCCGCCGAGUAUUCGGCCGCCCCUUAGCAGUAAUCAUUUAGGAAACAAUUAAAUUAGCGAUGAACAGCAAAUCAAUCAGCUGACUAACCAUUAAACUAGAUUAUUUAAUCAAUGUCCACUUAAGCGCAAGCGAAUCAUAACUAUAUAUAUAUAUAUAUAUAUAGAUCUGUGAGACACUGGUAAGCCAGCUAAUAAUGAAUUUUUUGUACGACGUGUACGAUGUGGAUAAUAUGAGUUAGAUAUAGUGUCCUAGAUCAAGUAGUUUGAUUUUCAGACAGACGCAGACUGGGCGCUCCCUUCAAUCGACUGUCAUGCCUUACCAAAAGUAGCUGGGGGUUGAGGUAAAGUGGACACUUUGUAUCGGUACACAAAAUUCGGAGAAAAUAAGAUAAGGAAUAGAUGGAAGACUUUGCCGAAAAUCGCAUAUAAAUCUAAGCCUAAAAACAUUGUUUACAUUAAACUCUACCUAUAUAACUAUAGAAAGUGUAUAUGUAUAUAGAUAUGUUUAUGUAUAUAUCCACACGCCUAAACAUAGAUUAGAGGGAGAAAAACGUAUGAUAGGUAUGCUCUUGCUGUGAUUUUUCCAAGGUGUACUCGUUUUCGAUUAUAAAUACUAUCUGCGUAAAAGGCGUCCACUUACGACACAAACACACAUACAAAAACGUUUAGGAAGAAAGGGUGAUAUUAAAACAGCAUAUAUAUACAUACAUGAAUAUGAACGUGUAUUAAGUAGUUCACGUACAUAAAACAAACAAUUAUAGCCGUAUAUAUAUAUAGAUAUAAGUCAAAUAUAUACAAAUAAUUACUUGUAUACAUACAUAACCAUCUCUGUGUGAUACGUGUCCGUUGUAACGUCCGUGGGGUCACUGCAGCGGGUGCCGCUUCUCGUCUCUCCAUUAUUGUUACCUAACAGGUAACAUACAAUUUACUACUGCUACUGUUGUUAGUUCACCUGAUCUUCUGUUCAUUCUUAGCAAACAGAAUGAAAAGCGGGCCCGACUAGAGACUAGUAUAAGGAAGGAUCUGUUGAAUUUUUUCGGCGCUACAAACAGACCUAUAGCCUUACAAGCAGGUGUACCAGAUAAAUUGCACCAUAACUUCGUAAUAGAGCUGAAAUGCGGUGGGUUAUUCAUUGUUUGAUAGAAAGGUCCCUAAAUAUAUCGAUCUCGUUAUAACAAGAUGAGCUGUGACGAAAAUCACAGCUGUUGUUCGCACGGCCCAGGAAAGGUGGCGGUGCAAUCUUUAAUGGAAAUGGAACUUGAGCGAGGCUUAUGGGGGGCGGCAAGAGAAGGCGAAUUAAACAGGGUUAGAAUGCUACUAGCCAAAGGCCACGACCCGAAUCAACAGGACCCGUAUGGAUACACAGCCUUGCAUUAUGCUGCACGCGCCGGAAAAGCCAACAUUGUCUCCGAAUUGUUGGCUUGUGGUGGCUGCCCAAAUGUCCGAACCAAUGGGGGAACAACCCCUGCUCAUCGAGCAGCCUACAAAGGGCAUAAGGAGGUCUUGGACAUUUUACUAUCGGCCCUGCGAAGGGAACGCUUUGAAAGUGUAGCGGACGUUGACGAUGAUGGCGACACGAUUGCUCAUAAGGCAGCAAAAGGCGGUCAUGUCUGGCUAGCUGAAAAAAUCGUGCGUGAUUUUCCUCAGCUGGACCUGAUAAGAAACCAACGGGGCCAUUUGUGGAAGGAGGUAAUCGUAGUUGUCUCACCGAGAGAAACAACGCUUGUUUGACUGGCAUCUUGAUUGUAAACGUGGUUAACGGUACGCCAUUCAGAA